AUGUCAGCGUUUGAGGCCAAUAAAUUAAGGCAAAGAGUGGAAGAUGAAGAGGCCACAGAAAGCAUAUGCCCAAAAAUGUCUUCCCCUUUCUUUCAGAACCAAGAUUGUGAGAUUUUGCAGGAGCCUUCUGACAUUUUGUUCGAAUCAUGUUCAAGCAAUGGUGUUCGUGACUCUAUCUAUGAUUCUCUUUCCUUCGAUAUGGUUGACUUCUCCAUGGAUUCACAGUCACCAAUCAAAGGAAACCACAACGAGCGAAAGCAAUUGGUGGUUAAGUCUGAAGGUAAACAAGAGCACACUGAGAAAAUGUCGUAUAUAGGUGUAAGGAAAAGGCCAUGGGGAAAAUUUGCAGCAGAGAUUAGAGAUACAACGAGGAAUGGCACAAGGGUUUGGCUUGGAACCUUUGAUAGUGCUGAGUCUGCUGCUUUAGCUUAUGACCAAGCUGCAUUUUCCAUGAGAGGCCAUAAUGCUCUACUCAAUUUUCCGGUCAAAAAAGUCAAAAAAUCUUUGCAAGAAAUUGAAUAUGGUUGCUUGCAAGGGUGUUCUCCUGCACUUGCACUCAAGGAGUGGAAUUGCAUGCAGAGAAAAUCGUCAUCAAAAGCUGGAAAGUGUAAAGAGAAACAGGAAUCAGAGGAACCAAAACCAAAUGUGAUGGUGCUAGAGGAUUUGGGAAUUGAAUAUCUUGAGCACCUUCUAAGCAUAUCCGGUCAAAGUGCAAGCCAUAGCAAUUUCGAAUAA